AUGCGCUCGUUCCAAUUACUUUCGUUCGCGGCAGCCGCUGCUCCGGCUCUAGCCGACAGUCAUUACUUCUUCUCGGGCUUCUUUUCUGGCAGCACUAUUGUCGGUGUCGAAUUCGAUGACCAGACAGAGUCGCUCACUUUGAAGAACAAUAUCAGCACAGGCGCGAGCUCGGGCUCCAAGUGGAUUCACAUCGAUUCCCGCCUGAAGAACCUGUAUGUCGGUACGACUGGCUACUUUCAGAGCUAUGCCAUCACAGACGACCUCAGCUUGACAUACAGCAGCAACGUCAGCUUGUCUUCAGACUGUAGCAACGCCAACUACAUCACGUCUUCCUCUGCCUCUCCCUACACUGUUUUCGGGACUCCCUAUGGAGGUGGCUGCUCAAGCCUGGCCAUCACCGUCGAUGACGCUGGUGUGCUUCAGGAGGCCACUGCGAAUGUCACAUAUGACAGCGCCGGAGGUGUCCACGGAACAUGGAUGAGCCCUAACAACGAUUUCAUCUACUCCGCCGAUGACAUGGGCAACGCCGUCUGGGCACACUCCUAUGACAACACCACUGGAGAGGUUACAGAAGUUCAGUACCUUGCCGCAGCCGAGGGAUCCAACCCCAGACACUUGACUGUGCACCCCAAUGGCAACUGGGUCUAUGUCGUCUAUGAGGAGGCCAAUUCCAUCGCGUCUUACAAGCGCGACACGACUACCGGCAAGCUGACUUUCACCAACACCACCUACUCUCUCCUGCCCUCAGGAUACACCAACACGUCGUCCUACUGGGCCGACGAAGUCAUGUUCUCCAUUCCCAGCAGCAACGCCAGCGCUACUGCACCCAAGUACCUCAUUGCUGCCACCCGCUCCCGCACCGUUGGUGUUCCGGGCUACGUUUCCGCUUUUUCUCUCGACAGCACCACCGGUGCCAUUACCGAGCAGCUGUUCCUCACUCCCACCACGAACAGCGGUGGCUCCGCCAAUGCCGUCUCCCCCGCCAAGUUCAGCGAGGAUUACUUUGCCAUUACGGACAGCGGCUCUAACUUCCUGGAAAUAUGGAAGAUCGACGCUACUGGCUCAUCCACGACUGCGGCAGCUGUCGCGCACCUGGCAUUAACAUCUGGACCGGCCAACGUUGUUUGGUACAGCUAA